UUAGGAGAACGGAGUCCAGCUUUUGUUGUCAACACCGUUCGCAUAAACUUUUUCUUUCUGACUUUUCAUAGCCUUUCUUUACGAUCCAAAUGUCAGAUCAGGUUCAACUCUGUCAAAUAUGCGGAAUUAAUUCACAUAAAUACACAUGCCCAAGGUGUGCCAUGCAAACUUGCUCUGUCGAUUGUGUCAAACGUCACAAAAACGAGAAGGAAUGCUCAGGUGAACGAGACAAGACGCACUUUGUGACUCGAGACCAGUAUAACUAUUCCCAUUUAAUGAGUGAUUAUACGUAUCUUGAAGAUAUAUCUCGACAGUCCGAUACCUUAACACGAGAACGACUCAAAGCACCACCGUCGAUGGAUUUCCGUUCCAAAAUGUUAUUGAAAAAAGCACGAGAAAUGGGUAUACAAUAUGACGUACUGCCUGCCAUAAUGUCACGGCACAAAAUGAACAAGACGAACUACAGCAACAACAAACACCAACUUUAUUGGACAAUUGAAUGCUGCUUUAGCCGGAAGAAUGUAGCGCAAAAAAUACUUGAACACUCUAUACCACAUGCAAAAAGUCUACGUGGCGUGUUUGAAAACAUGUUAUUUGCGGAAAACCCACAAGGAAAGGGCGAGUACAAAACCAUACGAUACCAGUUGCGCGAGUUCAAAGAUGCAGGCAUCGAUCAGCUUGUGGUUGGGCUUAAGAAAGAAGCAGCUCAUAAGAAUACAUUUGUGGAUUUGACGCCACAUCUCGACAAGUCAAUACGGGAAUUACUUCGGGGCGAGCGGGUGAUCGAGUUCCCAACAAUAUACAUAUGGAUACGCGACGAAUUGGAUGAAGGAGUUACGCUGGAAGAAAAGAUUUUCGUUGAAUAUCGACCUAAUCAUCGAUCAAAACGACCGCAAAAGGGAAAGAAAGACGACAACAAUCCUAAUGGAGAACAGCAAUCCGAACCUGAUCCGAACGAGCAACAAGUUUCUACUGCAGAUGCUGAUGAGGAGUCAGGCAUCAAUGCAACGGAAUUAUCAGAAGCAAGUAAUGAAAAUUCAAAGACGGAGGACCGCAACAAGGCGGAUGCUGAUGCUGAUAUGAAGGAUCAGGAGAAUGAGGAUGCAGAAGUAAAAGAACCCACUAUCAAGCAGCAAACCUCUGAGAUUCCGCAGGAGUGUGGCAGUAAAUAGUUAUCAUUGUUAUUUGUAUAUGUAUACUUUAGAACUAUUAUGAGAGAAUACGGGCUUUAAUCCAUUCAGCAUAGUAUUC